AUGUCGGCGCCAGCGGGAAGCAAACCUCCCACGGAGGGCGCGAAGCCACGUAAGUCGUCCAAGUCGCAGAGCAGCAAAGACAGCCGCAGGAAAUCUUCCGAGAUGGAAAAGUCGGGCAGCCAGGAGAAGAGCGAAGAGAAGAUCUCCAAGAGCAAAGACAGCAAAAUCAAGGACAGCAAGACUAAGGACAGUAAGAGCAAGGACAGCAAGACAAUGGAUAGUAAGAGCAAGACGAGCAAGGGUAGCGACAAGACCCCCGACAAGUCGGGCGACAAGAGCCAUGAGAAGUCUGGCAGCGCCACCAAGGACAGUAAGAGCAAGACCAGCAAGUCUAGCAAGACGAGCAAGGGCAGCAAGACGAGCAGGACGAGUGACAAGUCAGGUGAGCAAAGUCAUGAGAAGUCCGGAAGCAAGACGGAGAAGAGCAAGAGCGGGGAGCACAGUCAAGAGUCCGCAAGCAAGUCCCACAAGAGUGCGACCAAGUCAGAAAAGGGCACUACCAAUACCGGCGCUACCAAGUCUGCCACUACCAAAACCGGCACUACCAAAACCGGUGCUACGAAAACCGAAACCGGCCCUACUAAAACCGGCGCUACGAAAACCGGCACUACCAAGACCGGCACUAGCAAGACCGAUAAGGGUGGGACUGAGAAAAGUGGCACUGAGAAGAGUGGCAGCAGGAGCGCGGAAAAGAGCCAGGACAAGUCUGGAAGCAAGACGGAGAAAAGCAAGAGUGGCGAGCAGAGCCAAGAAAAGUCCGGAAGCAAGACUGAGAAGAGCAAGAGUGGCGAGACCAGUCACGAGAAGUCCGCCGUUAGCAAGACCGAGAGGAGUAAAAGUGCCGACCAAAGUCAUGAAAAGUCUGGAAGCAAAACAGAGAAGAGUGGCAGCAAGACUGAAAGAAGCGGAAGUAAGAGCGGGAGCAAGAGCGGCAGUAAGAGCGGUAGCAAAAGCGGCACUGGAAGCAAGAGCGGUGAAAAAAGUGGCAGUAAGUCCGGAAGCAAGAGCGAAGACAAAAGUGGCGAGAAGACGAGCAAGACCAAAAGCACAAGCCAGGAAAAGAGCAAGGAUAGCCAGAAGAGCAAAGGCAGCAAAAUGGAAGGGGAUAAGUCUCAAGAGAAGACGCACAAGUCCCAGGAAAAGAGCGGCGGCACCCCUAAAGAAGGCAGCGGCGGCAGCCAGCGUGACGGAAGUCAGCAGCAGCAGGGCGAUGGCCGGGACCAAGUGAUGGGGGUCGACAGGGGCCUGGAAGGCAUCCUGCAGCUUCCUGAGACGCACGCUCUUAGACUGAUGUACGAGAACGCUCUCCUCACCGUGCGCAACAGACAGCUGCAGUGGCUCAACUCUGAGCUUAAGCAGGAACACCUGGUCACGCUGCUGCAGGUCGGGACGCUUCGGAAGAGGCGUGGUGUGUUGACAGGGCCGUCGGCCAUCAUGGUGGACCGAGCCGUGUCGGCGAUGCUUCUGGGCAGCGAUGUCGUUUCCGGUGGCGCUGCCCCUGCGGGCGAGUCUUCGGGACCGGCGCGUUUCGACGACCCGCGCUACGCCAACUUGCCAUCGGUCGUGGUAAACAUCGAGGACAAAGGGAUCUCGGCGCAGGACGACAGCCUGUACACUUUCGGACGCAUGGCAAAGGGCACGAGGAAGUGCAAGCACAUGGCUGGUCCGCACGACGACAUCAACUGGGAGGACCUGCAAGCGCGUCUUCUGCCGGCGUUCUACACUUUCUGA